AUGCUGCUGAGAUUAUUUUGAAUAGUGAAAACAUAACUGUAGGUUUUGAUGCUACAACGCAGGAAGGCCUUCACGUAAACAGUGUACACAUUACAAACAAAAGUGACUGUCAUGUCCUUGCAAUUGAUCAGUUAGCAGGUGGUACAGCAGAAGAUUAUGAGCUCUAUAUCACUGAGACUUUUGAUAACUUGACAAAUGUUUAUUGCAAACUCUAUUCUAGCAAUUUUGAAGAAACUCGCCAAAAAAUUAUAGGACAUAUUUCAAAUACCAUGACCGACAGAGCAACAGUAAAUCAUGCCACCAUCCAACGCCUUGAACUAAAUUGGAGAAAAAAACCCAAUGAACUGAAUUUUCCACCUCCAUCCUUUAGACACUAUUGCCAGUUCAGUCCGGACUUCUCUGAAGGUCAAUGAACCACCAGACCUUGUAAAAAAACCAUUUGGUUCAGACAGUAUUGCGCACCAGCUUGUUCUCUCCAUUAACAAGUUCCGGUAUAAAGAUGGAAGGGGUGACCCCAAAGGGUUUACCAGUGCUUUGGAAAGAGCCGGUCUUCCAAAGGGACUCUUGCCACGUUAUAGGGGGAAUCGCCUCCAUAUAAUGUUUCACAUCGCUGGUAAAUUACACCAUCACAAGGACUUACUCAUGAAAUUAUUUGAAGAAGCUACUGUUACCUGUGGCGGUCUACAAAUUGCGAUACUACAUGAUUUCAAGUCACCAGUUGCACAGGUGGAGAUUCAAGUCUUUGGCUUGAUUGGGAAAUUGCUUUCUGGGCCAUGGAUGGCCAAGUUUUACACAUCAAGUGUCAAUCAAGUCAGCCAUGUUGAUGGUAUCACCAUCGUCAACGAUCUCUUAAGAGUUUUAAGAGGGUUUUCUGAAAGUUCUCUGGACACUUUGACCCUACAAACAGAUUUCUAACUACCGUUAUUUGAUGCAACUCUACUUUCACUUCAGCAGAAGUCAGUGGAUGAACCAUUGUUCAUUUCAAUGAUGGAAUCCUGCCUUUUGAAGAUCAUCAAAGUCCUAGCACGUCAGUAUGCACGAUACUUCAGGACUGAUUUGACGGACCAGCUGAGGAGAGACGGAAUCAGCACGCUGCCACAAUAUUGAAGCGGAAGAAAUCAUGGGGAUGGUUAGUGCAGCUAAAGAUCAUGCCCCGAAUGCCACUAUGUGCUUCUUGUCUUCACAGACCCGGGCUCGAAAGAACCUUGUUGUAGAUUACCUGGACACCCUAACAACAGAAAAAAGACAGAAAAAAAAA